UUAAAAAAAGGUAAUCGGGAAAAAACUCUGUAAUCGCGAUGUCGUGAGACAUGAGUUCUGCGAGCAGAGACCGAUAUGUUUCGUACAAUUUCAUGCUUUUCCCAUCGCUGAACGCUUAAAUUUGCUAAGCUGAAGAAGAUUUUUUCCCGAGAAAAUGAAACUAAGGUAGCGGGAAAAUGAAACUAAGGUGACGUGGAGUCAGUAAUGGAAGAACCGGUGAUUGUGUUGAGCAGUGGCGAGAAUGGGGAUGACGACCACGACAACGAAGUGCAGGUGGUUGAAGUGAAGGGUGGCGGAUCCGUAGUUGAAGUGAUAGAUCUGACUUGCUCUCCUUAUGAUGAUGAGUACGCUGUGCUUUCUGAUAUGAGAGGCUUCGAGAACCUCGCGGCGAUGCUAGAGGCCGAGAAGUUUAGGAGGAAAAAGAAGAGAAAGAGGAAGAAGAGAAGGAAAUGGCAUGAAUGUAUAGCUCCACAACCAGCUGGAAAUUUUGAAAACGUAGAAGAGCAGAUGAACCGCAAAGCUGUGGAAACAAAUAAAGUAUGGGAAACAGAGAUUAACCCCAUAUCAGUAAAAGCCAUGCCACAAAAUCUUGGUGGAAAUGUUGAAAACAAAGAAGCGAAGGUGAAUCUUAAAGCUACAGAUAAAAGUAAAGCAUCAGAAACAGAGACAAACCACACAUUAAAAGAAAUGCGACAAAAUCUUGGUGCAAAUGUUGAAAGUGAAGGAGAGCAGGUGAACCUUAAAGCUAUGGAAACAAAUAACAUAUUGGAAACAGAGACAAACCCCAUAUCAGUAAAUGACAUGCAACAAAAUAUUGGUGGAAAUGUUGAAUACAAAGAAGAGCAGGUGAACCUUAAAGCUGUGGAAACAAAUAAAGUAUGGGAAACAGAGACAAAUCCCAUAUCAGUAAAAGACAUGCGGCAAAAUCUUGGUGUUGAUACUGUGGAAGCUAAAAAGCUUGCUGAUACAAAUAAAAGUAUAGGAAUAGUGAUAACUGAGAUGCAAGGAAAUGCUGUCCUACGAAAGCUUCUUAGGGGAUCAAGAUAUUUUGAUAUUCCAGAAAGCCGCUGGAAAAUGUGCCACAAUUGUGGUGAAGAUAGUCAUGCAGCAGUAAAUUGUAUGCAACAACAGCGAACGAAACCAUGCUUCAUCUGUCGUAGUUUUGAGUGUAGUGGGAAGCAGUGCGAGCAGGACCUAUCAUCGGGGAAGACGAUUGACAGUGCUAAGGAGUGUGAGGGAUUCUACUACAUUAAGGAGGCUAAUCAUUGCUUUUUCUGCCAAAGAAGAGGCCAUUUUGCCAAAGACUGUCCUGAUAAACAUGAAGAGGACUGUGUGACUUCUCAAAUUUGUCUUCGAUGUGGAGAUUCAGGGCAUGAUCUGAUGUCAUGUGGGAACAACUAUUCUUCCCAUGAUCUUAGGAAAAUUCAGUGUUACAUGUGCAAGAGCUUCGGCCAUCUCUGUUGUGCUAAUUUUCCAGAGUUGGAUCCAUGUCAAGUUACAUGCUACAAUUGUGGUCUGCCUGGUCAUGUGGGUUCGGCGUGCAAAAAAUUGUGUGGAGAUGCCAGCAGGACAAGAUCUCCUUUAUGCUACAACUGUGGAGAGGAAGGUCUUAAACAGGAUUGUGCACCAGAUGCCGAGGUUGGGUGGAGCAUGGGUGACCUGUUAACUCCUAAUCAGGGAAAUGCCGAGAACAAGAUUGUCACCCAAUAUUUACUCUACUCAGAAAAGCGCCAUACAUGAUGUGAAUAUGACAGCACUUCAAUUAGGGGGGGGGGGGGGGGGGGGGGGGGGGGUUGUGGUGGGGGAUGGAAUAAAGCAUAGAGGUGUAUCCAAAAACGCCCUCUAGAGGUGGGAGAAUCAGCUGAUGAAGUAGGCAACUAUCCCAUGAAAAGUAAAUUAAAACCAUCACUCCCAAGACUAUAUGUUCUCAAACUUGCCUCAAAUUUUACGAUAAUGAUUGCAAAAGCUUCAGUAGUCUGUGGGGUUAUUACGCAUGCCUAGCUAAAGGAGACUUGGUUUUGUCUGUAUGCUUGCAAUAGAACUGCAAAGGAGAAGCUGCAAACAGCAGUGUUAUCACCCUCUUUUGUUAUGGGCAUGACUUGUCGUUAUUUCCCUCGGAUUCUAGGAGUAUACAACCCAUGCGCUUAGAUGGUUGUAGAACGAAUUUAAAUUUAGCAUUUUCUGGACUUGUUUUUCUUUCUUUUUAUUUUUUCCAUAUUAGCUCCUAACAUGCAUGAGAGUGAGUCGAUUUUGGUUGAUUUUAGUUUAAAAUCAAAAUUGAAUUAAGCUUCCUCAUGUGGCAAGAUGCAAUAUGAGCCAAAUUGUUUGUUUGCCAAAUUUUCAAAUUGCGGCCAAACAACCAAGUUUCAAAACCAAACUAGAUUUACAUUAAGUUCUUGGUUUGGUUGGUUCACAAA